GUAUCAUGGUUUGUUGUCGAGCAAAAAGUGUGUGUUGAACAGUUCCCAGGUUCCUCGGACUAUGCGCAUGAUUUGAAUGAAAGUGACAAGCUUAAACGUUCCCAGGCUGUUAGAGUUUUAGUAGAAAAGGAGGCGAUGAAAAAUUAUCCUACAUCUGCAAUAGUAAAUGCAGUUAAAGAGUAUGCAUCUGAGAAGCUGGAUCUUGGCACGAGUGUAAAGGAAUUAAAGUGGAGGGAAGUCGCCAAUAUAAAGUACAAAGUCUGUGGACCGCAAAACACUUAUCUUAUUGGCGCUUCUAAACUAGCACCAGAUAUCCAAGAUGCAAUUUCUUUUUUAAUAAAGGAAAGUUAUCAAGUCGAAUCGUAUAAAACUUCUCACCAAUCCACCUCUGGUUUUGUUUUUGCACAUCCAAAACAACUUGAAAAGCUUCAGCAAUAUGGAUGGCUAACCCUUAUAGAUUCAACCCAUAAGACCAAUAAAUAUGACUAG